AUGUCGUCGACUGGGAAUUCUUUUGCUCCCACUUUAAAGAAGAGGAAGAACGUAAAUGAAAAGGCUGUUCACUCGAACCGAUCAGCAGACUUAGAAAAAGAAGGACCAAUUAUCUAUACCCGCGAAGCUGAGCCAGUUGAGAUGCUCGCGGAAAGAGUACCUCUUGAGAUGAUGAGUCAACGAGACGUCGCAGAAUUGCCAGGUUCGCAGGGUUUGCAAAGGACCGGUAGCUUCCCGCGUUGA